GAUUGAUAUACAAAUAUUGUGAAGUAGGUAGCGGUUUUGCGCAUGAACGCAUUUGUGCUAGUUUUCGAAUUACUUGGCAUCGAUGGAGUUUAAACGAUCUAUGUAUUGCAUAAAUGUGUUCAGAAGGCAUACCAACUACUCGUAAUGGACGCUAAAAAACAAAUUGACUCGACUGGUUGUCGUGUGGAUAGCAAUAUUAUCUGGUGGAUAUGUUCGACCAUUUGUUUGCCAUUUACAUUGCCUCAUGUGAUUUUAAAAAUCAUUGAGAUUAUCAAGGAAUGGCGUUUUCGAGAAUGUCUACCAGGAAAGGUAGUUGUUAUCACCGGUGCAAGCUCUGGUUUGGGAGAGGCCCUUGCUCAUGUUUUUUUCUUAGCUGGGUGUAAAGUUGUAUUAUGUGCCAGACGUAAGGAUGAAUUAGAUCGUGUGCGUAGGGAUUUACUGGAACUUUACACGACAGUUGUAACACAUUCGCCAGUAGUCAUUCCAUUGGAUCUCUCGGAUAUCCAAUCUCUCCCGAGAAAGGUGAAAGAAAUAUUAGGAAUCCACGGUCAUAUUGAUAUAAUGAUCAACAAUGGUGGUAUUAGCGUUCGGUCAGAUUGUCUUACUACAGCUUUGGAUGUUGACAUCAAGGUGAUGCUGGUCAACUAUUUUGGCACGGUAGCAUUAACAAAGGCCUGUCUACCUUCAAUGAUUCAGCGUAAAGAAGGAAGAAUUGUGUGCAUUUCUAGUGUUCAGGGAAAAUUUAGCAUCCCGCAUAGGUCGGCGUAUGGCGCUUCUAAGCACGCUUUGCAAGCAUUUUGUGACAGUUUACGCGCUGAGAUGACUGAGCACAACGUCAAAGUGACUUUGAUUUCCCCUAGCUACAUAAGAACUGAUCUGUCUGUUAAUGCUCUCACUGGCUCGGGAGAUCAAUAUGGAAAAAUGGACUUAACUACCGCUUCUGGUGCGGAACCUGAAAAAGUGGCUAUGCGUAUUCUGAAAGCGGUUAUGCGCGAUGAGAAAGAUGUAACUAUUUCUCAAAUUGCACCAAAAAUAGCUUAUUGGAUUCGUCAUUUAUGUCCAGCAUUAUAUUUUUGGAUAAUGGCUAGACGCGCUAAAAAAAUGAGUUCUUGUAUCAAUACUAAGGUGAAUAAACCUUAAAAAAUACUGUGCCAAAGAUAUUUUGUGAUGAAUAAAUUAAACUAGAAAAUUUAUUUCGGCGAAUAAAUUAUGUAGCAAAGAAUAGUGAUGUAAUAUUUAUACAUCGAUUACACAAUAAUAGAUUGUAUGUUAUUCAUUUUUUGUAUACAUAUUCAUAAGCACAUACAUUUGGUAUACAUACACACAUUUUUCUAUUGAUGAUUACUCUAUUGUAUAUCGUAUCACAUAUUUCUAAAUAAAUAAAUCAUUCACUGUCCUGAAAGAG